AUGCGCGCAUCCAAGUGCGGCAGACCAAGGUCUAAAAUCAUCCGAUCGGGAGUUACGCCCAUCGCCGUGUAUCAGCCUGAGGUGUACCACCGAGACACCGUCCUCUCUUCCCCCCUCCGAAUCCCCCCUCCUGUGGACUGGAGCACAUCACCGGCGGUGGGCCUCGGGUGUGACAUUUUAGGGUUGGUGGUGCUGUGCGUGCCAUGUCAUCAUCCCAGCUUGAACGCCCGAAGCUGGCAGCUUUGGUCCACCUACCCGAAGCUGGCCUGGUCAAGCUUCCCGAAGCUGGCAGCUGGCCCGCGCCGCGAUCAUGCUGGUGGUACGGUACUCACGCCGUCGCCGGGGCAACGAGGCCCCCUUGGCUGUUUCUCUUCUCCCCAUCCUCCCCCGAUUGAGGAAGCCGCUUCCUGCAUGUACUGUUACCCUUAUUUUUAUCAUCCCCCCAUCAUCCCCCCAUCAUCCCCCCAUCAUCCCCCCAUCAUCCCCCCAUCAUCCCCCCACCAUCCCCCCACCAUCCCCCCACCAUCCCCCCACCAUCCCCCUCCAUCCCCCCACCAUCCCCCCAUCAUCCCCCCGUCAUCCCCCCACCAUCCCCCCACCAUUCCCUCACCAUCCCCCCACCAUCCCCCCAUCAUCCCCCCACCAUCCCCCCACCAUCCCCCCAUCAUCCUCCCUCUCCUCCCUUCCCACCCUCCCACGGCAGCAGCAUCAGCGGCGGGGAUAUCAGUAAGCCUGCAGUGCCAGCGCUACCCCUUGGCUGACGAUGCUGGGGGCGACCGACAGCUGGGCGGACGGCAACCGGCUUAA